CUCCCCGGGCUCCGGAGCUUCUGUCCCCGGGGAACCGGACGCCCCGGUGCCGAUGAGCCUGUUCGCGACCUGGGAGAUGGAGCGGUGCUCCCCGAGCUGCGUGCCCAGGCAGUGCAGUCUGACGGUGACCCGGCUGAUGGUGUUGAAGGAGUUGGACAGAGAGCUGAGCUCCGUCGUCAUCGCUGUGAAGAUCCAGGGCUCGAAGCGGACCCUGAGAUCCGGGGAAUAUCUCCUGCUUCCUGCUGACGGCCUGAUGGAGGCGGAGCUGGAGCUCACCUUCACUCUGCAGGUGAUGCAGCACCCGAUGGACGGCGCCCACAUCCUCGGCCUCCACGAUGACCUGAAGGACGCUCCAAUGAGGGCGGCGCUCAGCAUGCACGCACUCUGCAGCCAGCCAAUCGGACGCAAGGACCUCGGCGGUCACCGCGGCAACAAGAGCAAGGCGUCAGAUCGCUCUCCGGACAUGGAGAACUACUCAGAGGACGAUGGCGACAGCUUCUCCUCCGAACAGGAAGGAAGUGACGACGCAGUCCCCCCUCAGGUGAUGUAUGAUGAUGAUGAGGAUUUCCAGGGAAAGUUGAAGAAGUCCCGCAAGAAACUGGUCAGAACAACGUCCCUGACUCAGCAAUCGAUCUUCAAACAGAGGUUUGUGUCUCUGCUGAGGAGAUUCAAGGUCCCCGAUGAGGUUCUUGACUCGGACCCGAUGGGGGGGGGUCCGGAGGCGGCAGAAGACCUGGACCAGCUGUACGACAGUCUGCAGGGUUAUGACCCGAGUGACAGCGGGCCGGAGCUCGACGACAGCGACAUCAUCAUGAUCUCGCCAAAACCCAAACUCAGGCCUUUCUUUGACGGGGUUUCUCAUUCGAGCUCUCAGAGUGAGAUCCGGACGCAGAAACAACAAACUGAAAUGGAGAUUCCUCCCACUCAGGGGCCCCGAUUACCAUCUGAGACCCGAGAAGAGGAGGCGGGCCCUGUGGAAGUUGAGGUUGAGCCCCCAAAACACAUGUCAACGAGUAAGACACAAUGUCAGCUGUCUCGCCACUCUUGGGGAGCCUCCAUGAAGGACAGACAGAACCACAGCAGCAUGGACAGUGAGACGUCCACGGACUGCAGGAUACCUCCUCCACAGGCUGCCAGGAAGUCGGUCCUGGAUCAGCUGAACCACAUCCUGUUCUCUGAGGAGCGGAUCCCCGACUCCAUCAUCCUGAUCAACACCUCCGACUGGCAGGGGCAGUAUCUGUCGGAGCUUCUCUUCGAUCAGCCGAUCGUCUGCACCGUGUCGGCCGCCGACGUUCAGGCCGCCUUCAGCGCCAUCCUCAGCCGGAUCCAGAGAUUCUGUAACUGUAACUCGCAGACCCCCCCCACCCUGAAGGUGGCGGUGGCCGGAGACCAGAGCUACCUGAGCAGCGUGCUCUGCUGCUUCGUGGAGCAGAUGGCCAGCAAGACGCCUGAUUGGCAGAACUACGUCCGCUUCCUCAUCCUCCCCAUCGGAGCCCACCCUCUGGCUAAGUUCCUGGCGUCUCUGGACAGCAGGUUCAGCAGCCUGUUCAUGGACCCCGACUGGAGGGAUCUGUUCGGACGAGUGGAGUCUCCUGCUUUGGAUCCUGUGGGUGUCGCAGGGCGAGUGUCUCAGUACCUGAGCGGAGCGGCUGUCUCUCACCUGUGUCCCAUAUCAGAGGCCAUGCUGACCUGCAAACACAAGAGCCCCGACGACGACUACUGUCAGAAGUUUGUUCCUUUUAUCGGGGUGGUGAAGGUCGGCAUCGUGGAGCAGAACCUCCGCUCCAUCUCACUUGACUCUGGUGACAUCAUCCUGGGAUCUCCUCCCAGCCAAUCAGGAGCUCCCAUCACUCCUCCUCCCUCCCCCUCCACCAGCUGCCUGGGGGGGGUGAAGGAUCUGCAGGUUGACUACUGGAGCCAGGGAGGAGGAGGAGGAGGAGGAAGAGGAGGGAGGGAGGUUGGGAUGAAGAACAGCCUGAAGAGUAACUUCCGCUGCCUGCAGGUGUCCAGGAUCAGUGGGGGGGGCGAGCUGAUGAGCAUGAUGGUGGUGACCAGAGAGAAGAACAAGAGAGUCAUGUUCCUCAGUAAGAAGACGAGGGAGAAGGAGGCGGAGUCGAGGAGUCAGCUGAUCGAAGGAAUCAGUCGACUGAUCUGUACCUCCAAACACCAACACACACUCAGAGUCUCAGUAGACGGAGUUGAAUGGAGAGACGUCCGGUUCUUCCAGCUCGCCGCUCAGUGGCCGACUCACGUCAAACACUUUCCUGUGGGGGUAUUCAGCAAACCCUGAGACACACACACACACACACACACACACACACACACACACACACACACACACGGACUCCUCUGGGAUAAAUAAAAGUGUUUUUUUUUAUUAUUUAUAAUAUGACUUUAUUGAUGUGUGUUGAAACCAGCGUGAAAACCACAGCUGUUUUCCUGAUCUAUGUCUCUGUCAUUAUCACCCGUUCACUUCUCUUCCUCUGUGCGGGAAAGAGAAGUGAACGCUGCUGAGCGUCUCUCUGCAGCGUUCACCUCUCAGCCCUCUGUGCGGGAAAGAGAAGUGAACGCUGCUGAGCGUCUCUCUGCAGCGUUCACCUCUCAGCCCUCUGUGCGGGAAAGAGAGGUGAACGCUGCUGAGCGUCUCUCUGCAGCGUUCACCUCUCAGCC